AUGGAUCUUCCCAACAUUCUCGCAGCAAGUCAAAAUGGUAUCCUCAAAUACCUGGAUAUGCGCAGUCUAUUCCGUCUCGCGAUGACGAGUCAUCAAAUAUGGAAUUUAAUCGAGCACUUCCCUGGCAAGCGAUGGCCCGGCCUGCUCGAGUAUUGGCCCGGAACUCACGCAGACUUGUGGGCCUUCAAAUUUACCGGUGAUGGCGAGCUGGAUCCGAUCUUGUUAGGCGAAAGUGCGCACGGAGUCCUUUUACGUAAUGCCUACGUUCAUCGGAUAACCCUGAAGCAGCCUGGAUGUCCCGAAUUAAAUAUGAAGACCAGGACGAUUUUACUUCAAUAUAAUGCUGAGGAUUUGUUGACGUUGCUCGACCAAUUUCGACCCCUGAAGCAGCGAUAUCGUUACUUGGCAAUCCGGCAACUUGUGCCGAAUCCGGAAAUUGUGGAGCUGCUCAAUUCAUCGACAGAAAACGUCUCAUUCCAGGCUACCCAAUCUCUCCCCGCCUACGCCGGUUUGAAGGCCGAAACCAUUAACAUUGCUGUAGAGGAUGAACUUGACCACCAAGUCCUACCCUAUAUGAAGCAGGUCAUCGGUGAAUGGAUGCGAAAUGAGCGUCAGAUCCUCUGGAUUACGAUUAAUGGAGAUGAGGAUUUCGGCGUCAAAAACGAGGACUUCCACGAAUAUGGCGCUGACUUCCCAGGGCCUGAGAAGGCCGUUAUCCAACGAGCGGACGGCAAAUUUUUGCACCUCAAAGUGCCUCAACCAGGGAGCACACCUUCUAUUUGGUUGAAGGUUUUGAAUAGACGA